AUGGCCUUGAAAAGGAGAAGGGCAACAUCCCCGUCUAGCAGUGUGAGUGGAGGAGAUUUUGACGAUAACCAGUCUUCAUCUCUAGCGUCUUCAAUUGGGAGAAAGAGGAGAAGGACCUCAAACAUUCCUACUGUGGAUCCUAUUGCUGUCUGUCAUGAACUGUACAACACCAUCAGAGAUUACAAGGAUGAUCAGGGUAGGAUGUUGUGUGAGCUUUUCAUCAGAGCACCAAAACGAAGGAAUCAACCGGACUAUUAUCAUGUGGUGUCUCAGCCUAUUGACAUGAUGAAGAUCCAGCAGAAAUUAAAGAUGGAGGAGUAUGAUGAUGUUGAACAACUCACUAGUGACUUUCAACUGUUGUUCAACAAUGCAAAAACAUACUACAAGUCGGACAGUCCUGAGUACAGAGCAGCCUGUAAACUUUGGGACCUUUACCUGAGAACCAAGAACGAGUUUGUUCAGCGAGGCGAAUAUGAUGAUGAUGAUGAAGAUGGGUACGAUGCACAAGACAACCCCGGAGGGUCCACUGAGGAUGAGAAUGCACCCACCUGCUUGAAAGAAGUCCUCGAGCAGCUCCUUGAUGCCGUGGUGUCUCACACUGAGCCCACAGGCCGCCUGGUCAGCGAGCUGUUUCAGAAGCUACCCUCCAAAAUGCAAUACCCAGAUUAUUAUGCCAUCAUUAAGGAACCAAUAGAUCUGAAAAUUGUGGCUCAGAAGAUCCAGUUGAAUCACUACAGGAGCGUUAGUGCCAUGGCUAAAGAUAUAGAUUUGCUGGUCAAGAAUGCCAAAACGUAUAAUGAGCCUGGAUCGCAAGUGUUUAAGGAUGCAAACACCAUCAAAAAGAUGUUCUCACAAAAGAAGUCUGAGAUGGAGCAUGGAGAGCCAAUCAAGUCCAGCAUUCGUAUCAGGAAUAGAAGGUCUGCCCAGGGUGACCGCCUCUCAGCGAUCACCAUGGCUCUUGAGUAUGAAAGUGAUGAGGAAGGCAUUCUCUCCGGGUCCGUCCACUAUGAUGAGGGUGAAUCUGAAGCAGAGAGUAUGACCUCUAACAUGGACAUGAGUAAUCCCAUCUUCCAGCUGUAUGAGGCGGUGCGAGGGGCCAGGAACAGCCAGGGCCAGCUGAUCUCUGAGCCGUUCCUGCAGCUGCCCUCCAGGAAGGACUACCCCGACUACUACCACCAGAUCAACCAGCCCAUCUGCCUCCAUCUGAUCAAGAACAAGAUGAAGAGCAACGAAUAUGAGAGUGUGGAGCAUAUCGACUCUGAUCUGAUGCGGAUGUUUGAGAAUGCCAAACGCUACAAUGUUCCUCACUCCUCCAUCUACAAGCGUGCACUCAAACUCCAACACAUUCAGCAGAUGAAGAGAAAAGAGCUCUUACAGAGAGAUGAUGAUGAUGGAGACAGCAUGCUCUCCUCUGCAACGUCUGACACCAGCAGCACAAAAAGAAAAAGGUUUGCACUUUUACCUAAUCAAAUCUCUGAAGUGUGUGGAGGUAUAUCGACAGUUGAUCCGCAAUUUGUUUCCAGUCACAAGAAGAAUAUGAAGAAAAACCGAAUGAAAACUCUUUUUGCCUCCGUGGCCGAGGCGCGAGAAGCUAGCACUGGUCGGAGACUUUGUGACCUCUUCAUGGUCAAGCCCUCGAAGAAGGACUAUCCCGACUACUACAAAGUCAUCCUGGAGCCAAUGGACCUCAGGACCAUUGAGCACAACAUCCGCUCAGACAAGUACAUGACUGAAGAUGCAAUGGUGGAAGAGAUGAAGCUGAUGUUCCGCAAUGCUCGACACUACAAUGAAGAAGGCUCUCGGGUCUACAACGAUGCUGACGUCCUAGAGAAGAUUAUGAAAGACAGACGCAAGGAUCUUGGGCCAGCAACAGAUGAUGAUGACAUGAUGUCUCCAAAGUUGAAAAUAAGAAAGAACAGCAUUACUCUGAAGAAGUCCAAGUACUUAACACCCUUGCAGCAGAAGCUGAAUGAGCUCUAUGAGGCUGUCAAGAACUUCACAGAUAAGCGGGGCCGUCGCCUCAGCACAAUAUUCCUGCGGCUGCCGUCUCGGGCUGAGCUGCCUGACUACUACAUCGCUAUCAAGAAACCUGUCGACAUGGAGAAGAUCAAGAGCCACAUGUUGGCUAACAAGUACCAGGAUGUGGAUGCACUGGUGGAGGACUUGGUGCUCAUGUUCAACAAUGCCUGUACUUACAACGAGCCCGAGUCUCUGAUUUACCGCGACGCCCUCAUGCUGCACAGAGUGCUGCUGGAGACCAGGCGGGACCUGGAGGGGGGGGAUGACGACCAUGUGCCGGAUGUACCACGCCUCAUUCAGGAACUUGUCCGCAGCCUCUUUGUUUCCGUGCUCGGUCACCAAGAUGACGAGGGCCGUUGCUACAGCGAUUCACUCGCGGAGAUACCUGCCGUAGAUCCCGCAAAUCCUGAGAAGCCACCACUGAACUUUGAGAUUAUCAGGACUAAUGUAGAUCGAGGGCGUUAUAAGAGGCUGGAUGUGUUUCAGGACCACAUGUUUGAAGUGCUGGAAAAGGCCAGACGGUUGAAUAGGACCGAUUCCGAGAUCUUCGAAGACGCUGUGGAGCUGCAGCAGUUCUUCAUCCGGAUCAGAGACGAGCUGUGUAAGAACGGAGAGAUCUUGAUGUCUCCUGCCCUCAGCUACACCUCCAAACAUCUGCAUAGUGAUGUGGAGAAGGAAAAGAAAGAGAAGCUCCCCAAGGAGUUUGAGGAGGACAAAAUCAAGAGGGAAGAGGAAAAAAGGGAAGCUGAGAAGAGAGAGGACUCAGUUGGAGGAUCAUGGCAGUCUAACCUGCAGCGCACAUACAGUCAGGACUGCAGCUUCAAAGACAGCAUGUACCACGUGGGAGACUAUGUGUAUGUGGAGCCUGCAGAGCCUAACCUCCAGCCUCACAUCAUCUACAUUGAACGCCUUUGGCAAGACGACACUGGUGAGAAGUGGCUUUAUGGCUGCUGGUUCUACAGACCAAACGAAACAUUUCAUCUGGCCACAAGGAAGUUCUUGCAGAAGGAAGUUUUUAAAAGUGACUAUUACAACAAAGCUCCUGUCAGUAAGAUUCUGGGCAAAUGUGUGGUCAUGUUUGUAAAGGAGUACUUCAAACUUCAUCCAGAAGGCUUCAGAGCUGACGAUGUUUAUGUCUGUGAGUCGCGCUACUCUGCCAAGUCCAAGUCCUUCAAGAAGAUCAAGAUGUGGACCAUGCCCCCAAGCUCAGUGCGGUUUGUUCCCAGAGAGGUCCCCCUACCUGUCGUCCGUGUGGCCUCCGUGUUUGCUCCCAAACAAGAGGAGAAACCUCCCGAGGUGGUGGAUGAAAUCAAAAUGACAGACGGUAUUGUAGACAAGGAGAGGGAGGAUGUUCCCAUGGAUAUGACCAAUGGGGAGCCGGGGUGUCAAUACUACGAGCAGCUCUGCUACAACAACCUGUUGCUGAAAGUAGGAGACUGUGUUUACAUUGGUUCACAUGGACUAGUGCGCCACCGAGUGGGCAGGAUUGAGAAAAUGUGGAUGCGAGACGGAGCAGGCUACUUCUUUGGUCCAAUCUUCAUUCAUCCAGAGGAAACGGAGCACGAGCCAACGAAAAUGUUCUACAAGAAGGAAGUGUUCCUUAGCAACCUUGAGGAGACUUGCCCUAUGACCUGCGUCAUCGGGAAGUGUGUGGUGUCGUCCUUCAAAGACUAUCUCUCCUGCCGGCCAACUGAAGUGCCUGAAGAGAACGUGCUGCUCUGUGAGAGCCGCUACAUCGAGAGUGAGAAGCAGAUGAAGAAGUUCAAGGGCCUUAAGCGCUUCUCACUCUCUGGGAAAGUGGUGGAGGAUGAAAUCUACUAUUUUAGGAAGCUCAUAGUGCCCCAGAAGGAGCCCUCCCCUCUGCUGGACAAAAAAAUUGAGAAACUGGAGGCCAAGUUUGCUGAUAUGACAGAUGAGGAGCUAGAGGAUCUUGGGGAUGAUGAUGGCGAGCUAGGGGACCGGUCACACUCUCGGAGGCACUCUUCCAUGUCUAGUGACAUGGAUACCAUGCCUUACACUCCUCCGCAGUCCACACCAAAAUCCGUAAAGGGCCUUCCAAAGAAGGAGGGCUCCAAGCGGAAGAUCAACAUGAGUGGCUACAUCCUGUUCAGCAGUGAGAUGCGGGCGGUCAUCAAAGCCCGGAACCCAGACUUCUCCUUCGGGGAGCUCAGCCGCCUCGUCGGCACAGAGUGGAGGAACCUCGAGGGUUCCAGGAAAGCAGAUUAUGAAGAGCGAGCAGCUAAAUUGGCAGAGCAGCAGGAGCGGGACAGGGCCCAUCAUCAGACGUCGCCUAGAGCAGAAGGUAUGAUGGGUGCAUAUAGGUCAGCUAUGAUGCAGGGAUACGGUGAAGGCAUGGUUAGUAUGACUGGCAUGCCACCACAUCACAUGGGGGUGCCUGUCUUUCCCCAACAUCUCCUGCCCGUUAUGCCUGGGUUUCCUGGAAUGCCGUACUUUGGUGUCAACGGCCCGGGAGGUGUUCAUGGAGCAGGAAACAUUCAAGGAUCUCAGAUGGGUUCGAUUGGCCAAGGGCAGCAGGCUCCCCCACCGUACCCAGGACAAGGCCAGAUGGGACAGCCUGCGCACCAGCAGCCCUCCACCCCCAUGUUCGUGUCCCCACCAGCCAAAUCUCAGCGGCUGCUCCACUCUGAGGCAUACCUCAGAUACAUCGAGGGCCUGACUGCAGAGUCCUCUACCAUCAGCAAGUGGGACCACGCUCUUUCAGUUCAAAAACAAGAUGUGCGCCUCACUAAAGAGCAGGAGAGCAGACUGCCAUCCCACUGGCUGAAGAGUAAGGGGGCCCACAAGACAAUGGCAGAUGCACUUUGGCGACUCCGUGACCUGAUGCUGCGAGACACCUUAAACAUACGCCAGACGCACAACCUGUAGCAUGCCCGUAUUCUGAGCCUCUGUUGCCGCUGUUCCUGUGAGACAGGCAGGGGGCAAGCUCACUAAAAGUGUUAACUUUGUGUUGUUGUUUAAAAAUGUGUUUGUAGUUUUAAAAGCUCACUGUGUUUGAAGCUGUUUUUUGUUUUACAUUUCAGAUAUAUUGUUCUAAGUGCAUUAUUGUUAAUGGCUGUCAUUCUGUGAUGAAUGCCUUUAUGCUUUCACGAUUAAAAUGGGAAGAGCU